GGCAAAAAAGGGGACACACGCAGGACUGAGGAGGAACUGAGAAUGAAUGACCGAGUUCAAACAAAGUGUCCGUGAGUUUCUGUUGGGAAAGCAUCAAGAUCUGCAGCAAACUGUGCAGGAUUGCCUUCAUCUCCAAAAUCCGGGUUGCAGCCGGUUUUUCACCUUAAUCUAUCAACUAAACGUAUGGACUUAUGGAAGUUGCCACCUCUGUAUCUCAUGAAUUUGUGACCACUGCAAAAUAAAAGAGGGAAAAGAAAGAAAGCAACUGUCUGAUUGAUGAGUGGAGUCCUGCUCAAACCCUGGGUAGAUGAAACAUCAUUUUUCAAGUGGGGAAACUGCAGAAACUGUGAGAAAAAUCAUCAAUGAGAAUCACCUGUCAUUGAAAGUGGGAGGACACUUGACACUAUGGGAGAGUGCAAAGAACAGAGAGUGAUUGGCAGGAGGAGGAGAGUCUGACGGAGGAGCAGAGGAAUGUUGGCAGCCAUUUAGUCUGAGCUCAACAACGGAGGAAACAUGGAUUCUUCACAAAAAAAAUGUAAACACAGCAAUGGAGUGAGAUGUGGGACCUCUGAGGAGGAUAAGGAUGGUUCAGCAACAACGGCAAAAAGAGAUGAAUCACUGAGUUGUGAGCAAUGUGGCAAGACUUUUAUCACAGCAACAAAGCUAAGAAUUCACAAACGUAUUCACACUGUGGACAAAUCAUUCAGCUGUGAUCAGUGUGGAAAGGCUUUUACUACCAAGACUCAGUUAAAAAGACAUCAGCUCAUUCACAGUGGAGUUAAACCAUUCAGCUGUGAUCAGUGUGGAAAAGCUUUUACUCAGAAGAGUAGUCUAGCAAAUCAUCAACUCAUUCACAGUGGAGUUAAACCAUUCAGCUGUGAUCAGUGUGGAAAGGCUUUUACUCAGAAGAAGGAUCUAGCAAAUCAUCAACUCAUUCACAGUGGAGUUAAACCAUUCAGCUGUGAUCAGUGUGGAAAGACUUUUACUACCAAGAGUAUGUUAAAAAAACAUCAACUCAUUCACAGUGGAGUUAAACCAUUCAGCUGUGAUCAGUGUAGAAAGGCUUUUACUCAGAAGAGUAGUCUAGCAAAUCAUCAACUCAUUCACAGUGGAGUUAAACCAUUCAGCUGUGAUCAGUGUGGAAAGGCUUGUACUACCAAGAGUAUGUUAAAAAGACAUCAACUCAUUCACAGUGGAGUGAAACCAUUCAGCUGUGAUCAGUGUGGAAAGGCUUUUACUCAGAAGAGUCACUUAAUAAGACAUCAACUCAUUCACAGUGGAGUUAAACCAUUCAACUGUGAUCAGUGUGUGAAAACCUUUACUCAACAUGAACAGUUGUUGAUCCAUCAAUGCCCCCAUUCUGGUAGAAAGUGGUACCACUGUGACUCCUGUGAAAAAACUUUCAGCUCCCAACAGAGCUUAAAAUGUCACCAACGCAUACACACUGGACAUGAUGUGCACGUAUGUGAUCACUGUGGUGAACCAUUUGUACGGUACUCGCAGUUAAAAGCUCAUGAAGUGACCCACACUGGGGUUAAACCAUACAUUUGUGACCAGUGUGGGAAACGCUACUGCUCCACUGCAUCCCUCAAAGUUCACCAACGUGUCCACACUGGGGAGAGACCAUACAGAUGUGAUGAGUGUAAGAGGACUUUUAAAACUUUGGGUUCCCUGAAACAACACCAGCAGAUUCACACCAGAAAGAAAGCAUUCAGUCAGUGUCACAGUGAGCAGAACGGAACAGAUGGACAAAACUCUCAGACUUGUCAGCACUCUGCCAAUGGUGAACAGUGCUGCUUUGACCAGUCUGGACCAACGUCCAACCAACAAGAAACCCUAAAACGACACCAGCGUAUGCACACUGGACACAGACUGAACCCCUGCCAAGAAGAUUUCUCCAUGCAGGGUUCAGUAAAAGUUCAUGAAGUCCUCCACAAACUUAAAGUCCUUGAGAUCCGGCUUCACAGAAUUCAGGUCUAAUUUCUUGUUUAGUGUCGUCGUUGCAAAAUCCAUUAAGAGGAAAGCUGCAGUUAACAGACAUGACUGGUAAAUUAAUUAAACCAUUCAAAGUGGUUACUCAGUUAAAUGAAUUAUCAGUGGUAGAGGGAUAGACGUCUGGAUGGAGGCAGUGAGCAGCAGGGUGAAUUUAUUAACCCUAUCUAUCUAUCCAUCUAUCCAUCCAUCAUCUGUGAUCUAUCUAUUAUCUAGCUAUCUAAAUAUUGAACAAGUAGAUCAAAUAAUCUCUGAUUAUGUGUGAGUUUAAAUAUAAAAAACAUGAAGUGUUGGAUGAAAAGUCCAAUCUUUGAAGGCUGACUUAGUUUAGAAUCAUUUCUUUGUAAAUUAGCUGCAUCUAGUCAUUACCAUGACAUUGGCAUCAUGGAACCAUGACCACAUAUGUGUGUCUGGAGAUAGUGGCGUUUCUCGAACGGCACAUUUUCAUGCUUUGACAGAUACAGUGAGGGGAAAAACGUUUUCAGACACCCUGAAAAUUUUUACACAUCUUAAAUAUUAUGAAAUAUUUGUUAGUCUUUUUCGUGUGUGUUUCUAAGGGUGUGACUGCAUCAGAAAGACACAAAUACAAACUAGACGAGCCCUCAGUAGAGGGUAGAACCACGCCCACCAAGCCUUUUACUGUCCACAGACAGUAAACAAAAUAAAGCUCUCUGUAAAAACCCUCAGAAUGUUGAAUAGAAUAAAUGUGGACAGUUUAAUGACUGGAAGAGAAGAUUUCUGGAUCAUUUUGGUCAUUUUGAGGCUAAUUUUGGUCAUUUUGUGUCAAAAUGUGUUUAAUUUUGAUCAGUUUACAUCUUUUGGUCCGUUUUUAAACAUUUUGCAUCAUUUCAUGUUUUUUUUUUUGUGGUAAUUCUGGUUAUUUUGCAUCAAGUUUUGGUCAUUUAUGUGUCUAAUACAGGUCAUGUUACAUCUCUUUAUGUUGUUUUUGUACCAUUUUGGUCAUUUUAUGAUUCAUUUCAUGUGUCUGUAAGGUUGUUUUUGUUUACAAUUGUUCAUGUUGCUCAUAUUACUCAUUUCAUGUCAGUUUGUCCAUUCUCUGACUCACUGGCCAAUUUUGUCUCAUUUUUCAUCUUUUUUUUGGUCCGUUUUACUCAUUUUAUCUCUCAUUUUAGUCAUUUUGCACCAGUUUAAGAUUGUUUUUUUUUCAUUUUCAUCAUUUUGUUGCCCAUUUUUGUGUCUGGUUUUGUCAUUUUUGGUUAAUUGUAGUCACAUUUUGGCCACUUUUGGUCUUUUUUUAUGUCCAUUUUGUAAUUUUAUGGUAUUUUUCUAUCUUGGUUGGAUGUUUUAUGUUUUGGUUAUUUUGUGUCCCAUUUGAACUGUCCCAUAACAUUAUUGGACCGUUCAGUAGACUGUUUGGAUAUUUUCUCACCACUGAAACAUUUUGUCCAUUUUUGUCUCAUUUUGGUCAUUUUAUAGAUUAGAUUAGAUCCAACUUUACUGUCAUUGCACAGAGAACAAGUACUAAGACAGUAAAUGCAUUUUUUAAAAGUCCAUUGUGAUGUCAGAGAGAAGAACUAACAACUGUUACCACAUUCCAUAUUCUGAAGAAAAACAUGGAAACACUUGAGAAAGUCAGUUUAACACACAAAGCUUGGAGAUAUUGGAGAGUUGUGGUGAAGAUUUCAAGUGUGAAACUUGUGAAGACAUUGUGAGCAAAGACUGUGACAGAAAAAUGAAGCCUCCUCAGCCAGAUAGGAAACAUUCAGGUAAGACAGAAGUCCAGACAACGAGCUGCAACUCAGCUCCAGAUAUCAAACUACACACUGACAUGUUAGACUGAAGUUUUCACAACACUGACAAGCUAACAUUUGCUCAUUUUGUGGCUUACUUUGAUCAGUUUGCAUCCUUAGGGUUGUUAGUGGAUAAAAUGUUGUCAUUUUUCAUCUCUUUUUGUUGUUUUUGUUCCAUUUUGGUGACUUAAAAGCUGUUUUGGUUGAAUUUGCUCAUUUUGUGUCUCAUUGAGGCUCAUUUUCAUCAUUUUGUCUCUAACCUUGGUCACUUUUUGUCUUUAGGAUUAUUUUUACUCCUCAUUUUUCAUGCUAUUGAAGUUUUUUCUUCCAUUGUGGACAUUUUGUGUCUCAUUUAGAUCAUUUUUUUGUAUCAUUUUGGACAUUUUGCAUCUGUUUAAGGUUUUUCUGUUUCAUUUUAUGUCUCAUUUUGUGCAUUUCAGUCUGUUUUUAGGGAAAAAAGUGUCAUAAAUCAGACUGUAAAUGAUAUAUGAACAAACCUUUCUGUAAAAACUUUCAGAAUGUUGAAUAGAAUAAAUGUGGACUGACUAGGUAACCUUACAGAA